GUGUAAUGUUUUGUGCGUGCAAUCGUAAUUCGUAAUCAAUUUUGUUAGUGAGAAAUCGUAGUAUUCUAUAAUCUGUAAUUAGUGUGCAAAAUAAUUGCUUGAAGUUUAAUUGUAUUUAGGCUACAUUGAAGUGUUCGUCAAGUUUGUUCUAACUUCUAAAAACUUGGUAUUUCAAAAUUUCUAAAUAAUGGAAUCAAAACAGACACUACUGGCCGUGGUUAAACAGGAGUGCAGUGAAGAUGAUGUUAUAGAUUUGGAUGAAUAUAUAUCCAUAAAGAAAGAAGCAGAGCAAUGGGAUGCAAAAGUCAGGAGACAGUUGCAAGACAUGAUGGCAUUUGAAUCAGAAAGGAAGCUAGAUAGGGCGAUGAAGUGGUAUCUAGGUUUCAGCGCACAACCUUGCCACAACAACGGUUCAUAGUGUGUAGCGGCCUAGUCGCCCCGCCGGCCAGUGCGAUAUUUUGCCAUAAUAACCACCGAUCACGAAUUGGUACCACUCUCAAACUCGACCCAGCUGCUAAGCCGUUCAGCGCGUGCCGCUCGGGCGAUAAUUCUACGUGUGGGACCCAAGGACCUGAAUGUUUACUUGCGGGUCGCUUAAAAAUGAUGCCAGCUUAUUGUCGGAUUAUAGUUUGGUGCAGUCUUUCAUCAUUAGACAUUUAUAUGUUUUCAAAACAUGCUUGAUAGAGCUUGAUUUUUGUUAUGAUGAUACUUACUUAGACAAUAUGGAAGAAAUUAUGACGUUCUACUCGAACUUGACAUUGAAUUUGUUGCCAAAGUGGAGACCGGAGGAGAACUAUAAAAGACAUCUGAACCCGAUUUGUCGCAAAUUAAUCUAUUACAUUAGGUUGUAUCUGUUGUGUAGAGAAGAUCGAUGUUUGCAUGUUCUUAUGAAAUUGAAAAUCAACGAAAAUUCUAAAGAACACAGGCAUUUCAUGAAUCAUCUAUAUAGAGCGUUCUUCUUGAGGAGGAAGCCAGAGGAGAAGACAGAUCUAGCAUUUUGUCGAGCAUAUAUCUUAUUCCAGCAGUGGAAGAAGAUCAAAGACGAAUCGACCUGGAAGCAUAUGGAUGAAACUAUGUAUAGCUUGUUUGACAGAACUGUGGAAGAUGUGAAGACAAAUGAAACUUUGAAGCGAGUUAUACUACCUCAAAAUAAUUAUAUUUUGGAUGCGCUGGCCCAUAUAGAUAAUAAUAACGUUAUGAUAAGAGAAUACUUCAAAAUCAGGCAAACGGAAAGCAUUCAAGACUUCAGUAACUUAAGUGACUUUGAAAUAGAUAGAAUCGAUCCUGCAGCGGAUAAGACAGAAGAUCCAGACUUAGAUGAGUAUUACAUGAAUUAUCGGAAAUCAAUGGCCGAGGUCUCCAGAAGUACCUCUUCUGAAUUAAUAGAAGAAAACGAUUCUGAUGACGAUUGCCAUUUUGUGGGAGUUAUAUAUAAUCCCACAGAAAUUAUACAUGAAAUUCUUGAUGACGAUCAGAUUGAAGACAUGAUAUCCACGAAAAGUAGUACUGAUCCUUGUGAGAAAACGGAAGAGAUACAUUCAAAUUUAUCGUUUUUGGGUACAAUCUCUACUUCACCUGAAGAUAAGACUGCCAAAUCACAAACAUCAACUGUUGAGCAAAUCAGAGCCCACAAUGAUAUUCCUUUAUCAGUUAGUGAGAUUGACAGUCAGAUAAACGAAAACGAACAUAGUCAGGAACACAUAUUAGAUAUAGGUCAACAGCCAUCAUCAAACGACGAUAUUGAGAAAAGCCUCGGUAAUAUCCUGACACCACCUUCAGACGAUAGGGAGUAUGACAAUAUAGGCGAAGUGACAAACACUGAUUCUGAAGCAAUUGUAGAACUUGUUACUGAAAGUGACAAGGAAAUCAACACGCGAAAAACAAUCAGUGAAAAAUGUGACAAAAUGGAGGUCUGUCCUGUUGCAUCACAAUUCAAGGAUACAUCAGCGAUACGUGAAGCAAGUAAGUCUACUGUGAUACCAGAAGAAAAUUUUCAAAAGAGGCAAAGCAUCAGAAGUAGAGAUAAAUAUGAGUUUGAGUACAGCGAUCGGAUACCCACAAGUACACCAACUAUCAAUGAAAUGGUUGCUUUGCCACAUCUGUCCUCAAACACGUUCGAAACAUUGAAUAACUCUCCAAGCUCAAGCAAUUUAGAAAGAAGAAAUGAAGACACGAAUUAUUUCACAGAGUAUCCAGAUACAUCUAGCAGGUCUACAGAUAUGCACGUUGACUUUGCACAUGAUGCUCAGAAUACUGGACAAGUUUUGGAAUCUGAGCAACAUAUCAGAAAUGGGGACAUAAUUAAUACAUCCGGAUCUGCACAAAGUCACUUGGAUAAUGGAAAUGAAAUGACCAUAGAACAUUCUAGUCUUUACAAUGAUAACAAAUAUACAAUUGCUUCUGACAAAACUGUAUCUGACGACAAGGAUGUUUCAGCCUCUAAAUUUAUUCAGAAAAAGAUGCCUUUUGAGUCUAGAAAAAACAGAAAGUCCAAACAGUUCAUGUACAAACAAAGGUCUGACUCAUCGACGAGUGAUCACCGCAAAUUGAAUAGGCACAAAACUUGGCAAGACAUAAAGAGCACUCGCGAGAUAACGAAUGUCAUGUACAGGCCAGGGAAAAAUUAUAACAGCGGAGUCACACGUCCAGAAAAGGAUUUUGAUCUUUUUGGCUCUGGUAAUGCAAUAAACCAGGAUAUUCAGACAAGUCUUAAUGGCAUAACGUCACCACCGUACGAAGAAGGAUUUGACUUCAUCAAUUACUAUAAGACCAAUGUUUUCGAGGAUAAUCAGAAUCGACUGUCCAAAAACCAAAAUCCCAGGAAAAGCAGACGAGUGCAAUUUAAAGAUCAGCCGGACGUACGAAUUAUACCUACCUAUCACCAACCUACAUCUAACCUAACUAUAAACAUGGCUAGUUUGGAAGCUUACAACGUAAAACCUGACGACAAUAAUCUUCAGAGCAAACCUGUGGUUAUUAUAGAGAAGCUGACCAAGGGGGAGAUUGAUCAAUGGGAAAGAUUAAGUGAGAAAUCACGACAAUUGAGGUUGGACAAUCGUCGCCGGCAGACAUUACAUGCUCAGUCUUCACAAAAUACGAUAAUUCAAAUUAAAAUCGAUUAUGAUAAAACUGAGAAGUCACUCACAAAAGAAGAAGUAGAUCAUCUGCAGAAUAGUUUUAGGAGUCACUGGGAAGAGCAUUACAAGUCAUCUGCAUCAGUUAACGCGUCUAAUCAAGGUAUGGUAAACGAAUCAACUUCUGAUAACAUUGCUUUAUUUUCUAACCUGGUUAUUGAUCGUCAUGAUUCAGACGAAUUUGAUCACCUAUUAAACCAUAAAACUAUUCAAGAAAUGGAAAUCGAACCAACCCCUACUAUUAGUCCACUCUCCAAUUCUUAUGUUGAUUUAUAUGAAGGUUCAGACAAAUUUAAUCAUCAAUCUGCACCAGACAAGUUCAUUCAAGGUAUGGACGUUGAAUCAACUUCUUCUAACAUUGAAUCCUUUUCUGAUUCGGGUAUGACUAUUCCUCUACCAACAACCAGGUGGGAUACCGGUCUUCAUCAUCAAGAUGGCGCUAUUAUAUUACCGCCCAAAAAAAGGAUUACUCAUCAUUGUUGCCCGACCGUACCGUUUAUAAAUCAACACGGACAUAUCAAGGAUAAAGUUGUUGAAAUUAGCUACCCGGCGGAACCGAUGAUGAAUAUCGCUGACGUGCAGGAGGAUCUAAAACAUCCACACAGAAGGUUAAAAACUGCUGGUGAAAAAAAAGAGAUGCUACCACGUCUUUUAUCACACGAGCAGCCAAAUACACUGAACAAUAUUAAUCAGACAUACAGCAACCAUGUAUAUUAUCAGUUACCCCGACAAUAAUGUAUCUUGCACCUUUUAUUUGUAUGUGGAAUUUCCAUAUGUGUUCCAUAUGAUCAGCACACAUUUCUGAGGAUGUAGAUUUUUGCUCCCUGGCAGUACUGUUAAUAAAUCAACAGGGAAAUAUGAUCAAGGAUGAAGUUGGUGAAAUUAGCUGCCCGGCGGAACGGAGGAUGAAUAUCGCUGGCGUGUAGGAGGAGCUAAAACAUCCACACAGAUCAAAAACUGCUGGUGAAGAAAAAGAUAUGCUACCACGUCUAUUAUCACACAAGCAGCUAAAUACAAUAUCAAUCGCACGUACAACAACCAUAUAUAUAUAUAUGUAUCAUUAGUUACCACCACAAUAAUGUACCUUGAAUCUUUUAUCCGUAUAUGGAAUUUCCGUAUGUGAUCAUGCCUAAUAUAAACUCAAAUUUUGAAGUGAGAGCUAAUGAAAUUUGCCCCAAUUCACCCCAGAGCCAUAGGAUAAAUCUCAGGAAGGAGCAGAGGAAGAAACAUGUCAGUAGUAUUAAAAAUCGCGCUCUAGAAGAAUAUUAAGCAGCCAUAAACUAAAUGUACCUGGCGGUACGGUACGGUCAACAAAUCAGUAGAGAAAAAUCGAGAAUGACAUUAGCUACCCGGCGGAACUGAUGAUGAAUAUAUCUGACGAGCAGGAGUGGCUGAAACUAAGUAUAACAAACUGGUGAAAAAAAGAUGCCACCACGUACAACCACCAGAUUUAUAAAUUACCACCUUUUCCGUAUGAGGGAAUUAUCUUUUCCUCCAUUAAAGCCUAUCGUAUUAUAGAAACAAAUGUUUUUAUGUGACAGGAAAAGUGAAAUGGAUCAUAGGAAGGAAACAUGUCAUUAAUCUUAGGAUCAAAAGACCAAAAUGAUAUAAUUUUUAAUUGAAGGUAGAGGGUGGCUUCCAUUGUCUCAUCAUGCACUUUCGUUAUAGCAGUUCUGGAGAAUUGGCUGGAGCUCAUCCCAACCCAUUCUGUUAAAGUUCUAAUUCAGCGAAUAUUAUUCCAAUACCAUGUCGUCUUCUGAUUGAUCUUUUAUGAACUCCAGUAAUUCAUAACUUGUUUUUACACUAAGCUUCCUUUAUUAUUGUCCUGUUUGUUCCUUCUAUCAGCGUGAUGUAGACGUCCUCCGUUUCUCUACAAAUGUCUAUAACUAUUAUUCUGCAGGCCCGAAUGGAUGGCGCAUACUUUUUUCGAUGUUGUUCUAAAGCAGCUUGAAAGUCUGAACCUCGGAUAUGGAACCUGACAAACUACACGAAAAAUGGCAAGUUAAAGCUUGUCUCACCUUCAAUUUUACGUAAAUGUUACCAGUGGUGGCUGUGAACUUUAUGCAUUUCUGCAUCUCACAUUUUACCUCAAAGCAAGUUUAAAAUAGUAUUCUUUUCAUCAAUAGCAUCAAUAGUAAACAAGACUGAGUGUAACCAAUUUCUGAACAAAAUGCUCGGUAAUAUAUUUCGCUUAUUCCUAUCAACAUACUGUUUCCAAAACUUGUUCAACACCCAAAGCCUGAGAAGACAUCAUGGAGUGAAGAGGACAAAGAAGAACAAGAAGUCCAAGAUACAGAAGAAGACUGAAGCUUUUUCUUUCAUUUAAAAGUUUUGUCAUAAUAGUUAUUACUUAUAGUAAAAGUAUUAUUAUUGUAUUUAAAUGUUGAGUCAUUUGCUUCUUAUAAUUUUUAAAUGAAGUUUCUUUAGAAGAGUACUACGGAAGAAGACACCUCCAGGUUUGCUUGGCAUUGGUGUUUAUAUCUAUACAUUUCAUUGUUCGACAUUUUCAUCAUUCCUCAUACCUUAUUUAAUGUGGUGUAAGUUCCAAGUUUUGCUGAAAUAAUAUUGAAUGUUAUAUCUAUGUACUCAUAAAAUCAAAUAAUUUUUGGUGAUUUUUUGUGAUUUCAUACUAUAUAAAAGGGUAGUGAACAAGUAUUAACAGAUUAUUUCUGGUUUUAAGGCCUGAGAACUAGACGUAGCUUCAAUGGGAAGCGUACUGAACAAUCCAUUUUGUAUCCUUGAUUCAAAGGCUCUCUGGGUGCAAACCAAAAAAGAGAAUGCGCAAAGUGCGUAUAACGCAAAGAAGAGGAGGAUACUCCUAAUCAUCUACUCGAAUGUAGUAGAUGGGUUGACUACCAGGGACAGCUGGAAUUGAUGUUGGGCGAGAGACUCACUGUUGACAAUUUCGCCACCUAUGUAUGUCAGGGCAGAUGGGUUGAUAUUCAGCCGCUAGUGAAGCGGAUGAUGCUGAACAAGUUGCAGGCGGACACGAAUAGGAACGAACAGUAGGUUCCUACUUACUCGGAUGUACAUGGACAUAUUGUAUGUAGAUAAUGAAGAUGCCAAUGGAUAUGGAUCUGCCGUCAGUCCAGUUAAAAGAAAAAGAGGGAGACUGAAGAAAGGGAUUUAGUUGAGGUGAAGAGGUUGCCACUCAAUGAACGUUGUUACUCAAACAAUGAAGAAGUGCCUGUAUCAAAGUGGAAGCGAAAAGUUAAACGGUGUUGUCAAAAUUGUUAGCUCGUAGAACUAUCAGAUCUAAAGCCAAUUGUUGGGAGGUGCAAUGCCUAUGAAACCUAUGUGCACCCGUUUUAUCUGUGAUUUUAUUUAGAACUAAUAAUUUGUACAUACAGAUGUAGAGUAUUGUAGUAUUUCUAAUUGGUACAAAGUUAUUACUAGAAGUUCAUCUGUAAUUAAUCUUAAUUAAAAUUUCUAGAACCAUGAAAACACGUCAGACGUUUUAAUCGUAAUUUUGGAGUACUCAAAUUAUAAAUC